CUCUCAGCCUCCAUCCUUCAAGAUGAUGAUACUGAUCUUCAACACCAACCUUUCUUAAUUCUAAGUUCCACACUUUUUCUUAUCAAUACUUUUCAUCUUUUCCCACUUAUCGGGUUAAUAAUGGCUGCGUCAUCUUUGUCACUAACAUUUCAAAUCAGAAAAACCAACAGCAGGAUUUCACCUUUCAAUUUUCAUCCUCUCAUCCAAAAGGGUAGACAAUCUCUUAAAUCCAACUUCUCAUUCCCAACCCUUCAAGGUUCUCCCCAUUUCAGACGUCCUAUUGCAAUUACCCCUUUCCCACUGACCCAAACACGAGCUUCUUCUGAUAAAUGCUUUGACCCUGCUGAUGAAGCCGAAAGGUUGCUGCUUUCUGGGGAAAAGCCAGUUAAAUUCGCCUUCUGGGUCAUAUUUUGGGCCUCUUUGUCCCUGGCUUGGUUUGCUGUUUCAAAGGAUGCAAAUGCUGCUGUUGACUCCAUCAAAGCCUCUGGCUUUGGCUUGAAAAUUGCCAAUUCUUUGAGGAAAUUGGGUUGGCCUGAUGGGGUUGUCAUCUUCACACUUGCCACUCUUCCUGUGCUAGAGCUUCGUGGUGCUAUUCCUGUGGGUUACUGGAUGCAACUCAACCCCACAACUUUAACAAUCUUGUCCAUUCUGGGGAACAUGGUCCCUGUGCCAUUCAUUGUACUCUACCUGAAAAGAGUUGCGUCUUUCCUCUCUGCAAGGAGCUCUACAGUGUCACGAUUGCUUGAUAUGCUGUUUGAGAAUGCCAAAGAGAAGGCUGGUCCAGUGGAGGAGUUUCAGUGGCUUGGUCUGAUGCUAUUUGUGGCUGUUCCUUUUCCUGGAACAGGAGCAUGGACUGGAGCAUUUGUAGCAGCCAUUCUUGAUAUGCCAUUUUGGGCUGCUGUAUCUGCUAAUUUCUUUGGUGUGCUUUUUGCUGGGCUGCUAGUAAACUUGCUAGUCAACCUUGGCCUCAAGUAUGCUAUCAUUACUGGUAUCAUUCUUUUCUUUGUUUCCACAUUCAUGUGGAGCAUCCUUAGACACCUCAAAAAAAGUUUGAGCACAUAAAAUUGACGUGAAAUGUAUGAUUUUUCCUUCGGCAACGGGAAAAACAAUUGUUAGUUUUCUUCUUCGUACUCUUUGUUUUUCAUAACAGAGCAUCCUAGUUGAGUUAUAUGUAAAAGUGAAAAAGCUCAGAUUUUGUAUAUACCCUUUUAAAACUCAUGGUCUGACUGACAUUUCUCGUUGGAGAACA